AUGAAAUCAUUGUACUUUAUUGUGUUCGCGGCGGUUCUUUGUUUGAAUAUCGCAUCGACCGAGUCGAACUUUAUCUAUGUUGAGAAUUCAACAGAAACCACUCUUCCUGGUUCACCACCUCACAUUGCACAAAUCGGAACUUAUAAUGAUGGAACUAUUCUUGUUCGCAUUCUUAGAAUCAAUGCGACUGAAGUAAAUGGCACUUAUUGUACAGAGCAAAAAUUAUUUCUAAGAGUGGUACACCUAAGCGGAAGCGUUACUGAGAUAAAUGUGAAUUUACAGCUGGAUCCCAUUAAUUAUUGUUUCAACACCAAUGCAACGCAAAAAGAUCCCAUUACAGUUUACCCCGUGGGAGAUCAAUUUAUUCUGGUGUGUUACACGAUUCCUCGAAACUACUCGGACCCCUACUCUUACCAAGAGGGAGGAGAUAUCAUUGAUUGGUCUGGCACACUUAAAAGUCGAAUAAUUUUUGGUCCAUCAUAUGUGAACUUUAAUGGUUAUUGGGAUCCGCAAAGUUCGAUUGUUCAAAAUAUAAACGCGAAUCAAGGUUUCCUCAGGUCGUCCGCCGUAAGACCAAGCGAUGGUAACCAGCCGCAGGAAUAUGAUUAUCAGCAAUAUUUGGUAGAUGACUACGGAAAUGUAUCAUCGUUGGUGAACGGCAGCAUACCGGUUCCUCCGCCAACUUCGGGCGCACUUACCACGAUGGCCACCAUCGAUGGAGGAUACGCUAUAAUUUAUGUCAAUUCCUCGAGCUAUAACUCCUCCGAUCCAUCACCGACGAUACGUGGCGGGAUGUAUGCUACCUUUAUACCCUACAAUCAAAGCAUCAACAACGUCUAUCUUCUCUAUCAAACACCCCUUAAUGUAACAUUUGGAGGCAUUUAUUGUGGCAUAGUGUCCGUUGGUGUUGGUCAAGUUUGCACGUUUCCCGCGACCUUUACCAACGUCACGACAAUUAACGGCACGACUUUCACAAACGUUUCGAUUGAUUACCUGCAAGUUUACUUUUUAUCUUCGGGAUCCGUGAUAAAUUCCUCCCUCAUAUCAGAACUCCCUUCCCUUUCCGGUGUGCAGGAAUUGGGAUGGACAGUAGAUUCAAUGAUUUAUGGCGGUUACAUAUUGGAAUAUACUAGUGUCAACGGGACAUACAUCUUUGCGUACGAUAACAAUAAUAAAUUCUACCCCCUGACCAACUUAACGUUACCCAUUCCUACGGAUAAAUUUUAUGCUAGAAGUAUCAUGAAGAAUAACAAUACUUUCUUACUUUCUCAACCACCACCGCCUUCAUAUACUUCCUGGUCCUUGUUUACCUAUCCGUUGCCCGACAUCCUAAAGGAUUUGGAUCAUGGCUACGGAAAUAUCCUGAUAAAUCACACCUUUCCAUCCCUCGGCGGAACCAUCUCUUCGACCAUAUCAAACCUCAGUAUCACGUUCUACGAUCCUGUAAUUCUGUCUUCCGGUAACGUCACCAUUUAUCAAUACCCCGACACUGGCGAUAAUUUUCGACAGAGAAUAUCAGCGACGAUGGAUGAAUACUGUCAAGUCAGUCAGGAUGGUUUGACGGUUACAUUGGCAAUCAUUGGUAGCACGUUCAACUUGUAUAACGCAUCAUAUGUUGUGAAGAUGGAUAAUAACUUUGUUAGAAGUAAAAAGUAUGAUGAGCCUCUUUUGGGAAUCCCCAGCAACAAUUGGACCAUCAUCUCUUAUGUUGAGGCGAAACAAUCAGUUGAGGCCGCAUUCGGCACGCUGCGUCUGACUUCGGAUGCCACGGAGAGAUUCAAGUCCCUUUCUGGUUCGGAGAGAUCCGAAUAUUUUAGUGACCUGUUGACACAACUUUCCGACGCGUUACCGUUUGUGAAUUAUGGUCAACCGGACGAACAAAUAAUGGUUUCCCUUCGCAUAAACAUGACAAUUAAUGAUACCGAGAGGACCGUUCCAGGGGUGGUCUCGGAUUUGAACGAAAUGGUUACAAAUAAAAUGGUCACCCCCAUCUCCCUUGGUAAUUGCACAAAUGACUUGGAUCCGAAAUAUGGUUUCGUCCUGCAAUACAAUUUAUGGGAACAAGAUAAAACUCUGAUAAUUUCCCUGUUCUUGUUCUUCGCCUUCUACAUGGGAAUAGCAUUGUUAACUUACUUUUUGGACGAGAUAAUAAAGAGAGUUGGAGGGGAAGAGCGGUUGACGAAAAUUAAGGAUAAGGUGAUGAAUUGGAUAAGGCCGAUAAGUUGUGGUCUCAUAAAAACUGAGGAAAGGGAGGAUGAAAAGAACAAAGGGAAUGAGGAGGAUGAAGGGGAUAAGGAGGAAUUGGGAAAAGGAGAGGAUGAGGUCAAAGGGGAAGAGGCUAAUGAUGAUGAUAGAAAAGGGAAAAUAAAGAAUACAUUGACGGUAAAGAAAGGGGAAAAACCAUCGACGGAAACAGAAAAGGGAAAAGAUCAAGAAAAUUUGAAAAGUGAAGAAAAUGAGGAGGUCAAAGAAUUGAAGGGUGAGAAUAGCAAGUCCAAUGAAAUAAAUCUUGAAAUCGUUGAAGAGAGGAUCGAAGAAAUCAAAUAA